GUUCACCUUCUCCUUCUAUUAUAAUUCAUAAUUCAUUUGUAUAAUACACCCUUUACUACAAAUAUUCAAUCUCUGAACCAUUCUUUAGAAAAAUUCAAAACAGAUCCUACAUUUGAGUAAACCACUUCAAAUUCGGAACAAUUUCCAUACUCACACAAAAAAAAAAAAACCUUUUUCUUUUCUUCCUUUCAAACAAAACUUAACAACAUUCAUACAAAAACUACACCAUUUGAAAAAAAAACUACACCAUUUGAAAUGAACAAGAAGCAACACCAAGUGAAAUUAGACGACGAACAAAUCUCCGAAUUACGUGAAAUUUUCCGAUCAUUUGAUCGAAACAACGACGGAACCCUAACACAGUUAGAACUAAACUCCCUUCUCCGUUCGCUUGGUUUAAAGCCAAGCGCGGAGCAGUUAGAAGGAUUCAUACAAAGAGCAGACACAAACAAUAACGGAUUAAUAGAAUUCUCGGAGUUUGUUGCGUUGGUGGCGCCGGAGUUGUUGCCGGCAAAGUCUCCCUAUACGGAGGAGCAGCUACGGCAGCUGUUUAGGAUGUUUGAUCGGGAUGGGAACGGGUUUAUCACGGCAGCGGAGUUAGCUCAUUCGAUGGCGAAAUUGGGACAUGCUUUAACGGCGGAGGAGUUGACCGGAAUGAUCAAGGAAGCUGAUAUGGAUGGUGAUGGGAUGAUCAGUUUUCAGGAGUUUGCUCAAGCUAUUACUUCUGCUGCUUUUGAUAAUUCUUGGGUUUAAUCUAUCUAUUCUCUCUCUCUCUCUCUAUUAGAGAUUAGAAGGCCAAACAUGGAUUGGUUCAAGGCAAUGUUGUGUGAUGAAAUAGGGUCGAAGCCUUUCCCUUCGUUGAGUCAUUUUUCUGGAGACUGGUUGUAAACUACUGAUGGAGCCAGGCCAUCAAUUUUUGGCUCUUGUGAUUGUGAUCAUGUUGAAGUUCAAGUUCAAACUUUAUAAAUUUGAUAAAAUUAUUGGUACCUGUUUAUUUCUUGUAGAGUAAUGAUAAAUGUACGCCCCAUUAUGGGGAUACCAUGAUGCUCAAGUUAGUUUUAUCAGGCCUCACGGUGAGCGUCAAAUGUUCAUGUGAAGAACAUUAGAAACCUCACUAAUAGUGUACCGCGGCUUAGGUUUCAACUUUAAGUAAUAGGUCUAUUCAUAGAGGUAAUGAGGAACCUCUUUCCCCACCGUGUGGGGAGCUUGUAGCCCAAAUAUUUCACCACUUAGUCGUUAGUGGCGCCUCUUGUGUCUAGAGUGGUGAACAGAACAAACUAAAAUCAACUUAAACCAUUUUGAAUAUUUUCUGUUUAGAUUCAGAAUUUCAGAUUAGGAAACAUUUGCCGAAAUUCAGCAUAGCAGAAACUGCUAAAGGCCACAACAAUGAGAUAGAACCUCUGUGGUCAUGACGGAGUUGUAUUAAUGGCAUGGAAGUUCAUUCCUCCCUUUUCUAUUCCAA